AUGGUCAGUCAAUUUGCAUCUUCGACCCAAAGCUCAAGCAUUGGUGGAUCCUCAAGUAUACAAAAAAGAGGCAAUGUCGCUACGUUGCAAACCACUGAAAAUUUAACUGCCGUUGAUGCCCAUGGAAAUGUAUUCAAGGUCCCGGAUUAUAGUAUCAAGGAUAUAUUGAAGGCUAUCCCAGCUCAUUGUUACGAAAGAAGACUUGCUGAGUCAAUGUACUACGUGUUCAGAGAUAUUUUUUGGUUAGUGACUAUUGGAUACGUUGCAAAUAAUUAUAUCCAAUUAUUGCCUAAUGCGUUCACCCGUUUUGUUGCGUGGUCAGCAUACGUUUAUGUUCAGAGUUUGUUUCUCACUGGGAUUUGGGUUUUAGCCCACGAAUGUGGUCAUCAAGCAUUCUCUGAUUACGGAUGGGUCAAUGACACCGUUGGUUGGGUUUUACACAGUUACUUGAUGGUGCCAUAUUUUUCUUGGAAAUUCUCGCACUCAAAGCAUCACAAGGCUACUGGCCACUUAACUAGAGACAUGGUGUUUGUUCCAUACACCAAGGAAGAAUAUGUUAAGAGCAAGAACGCAAACCAUAUUGAUGACAUCGUGGGUGAUUCUCCAAUCUACACUUUAUACCAAUUAGUUGUCCAACAAUUAGGUGGAUGGAUCGCAUACUUAUUCACAAACGUCACAGGUCAACAAUAUGAGAACAAAUCAAGCUGGGGUGUUAGUCAUUUCAAUCCAAACGGUGCUAUUUUCGAAAAGAAAGAAUACUGGUAUGUUUUGUUAUCUGACGCUGGUAUUUUAGCACAAUGUCUUAUUUUACGUACCUGGUACAAUAACUUCGGCGGUUUCAACUUGUUAGUUAACUGGUUCCUUCCAUAUAUCUUAGUUAACCACUGGUUAGUUUUCAUUACUUACUUACAACACACCGACAGUCAAAUGCCUCACUACGAAGCCCAUCAAUGGAAUUUCGCCAGAGGUGCUGCUGCUACUAUUGAUAGAGAAUUUGGUUUUGUUGGUAAGUUUAUGUUCCACGACAUUAUUGAAACUCAUGUCUUGCAUCACUAUUGUUCCAGAAUCCCUUUCUACAAUGGUAGAGAAGCUAGUGAAGCUAUUAAGAAAGUUAUGGGUGAACAUUAUCAACAUUCUGACGAAAACAUGUGGGUGUCUUUAUGGAAGUCUGCUAGAACCUGUCAAUAUGUUGAUGGUGAUAAUGGUGUUUUGAUGUUUAGAAAUGCCAACGGCAAGGGUCAAAAGGCCUAA